UAUAUUCAUAGUUGAUUGCAUAAGGUCAAUCAGCAGUUUAUAGUUAAAUCUAUUGUAUUUAUAGUUGAAUGCAUAAAAUAAAUCAUACAGUUGAAUGUAUCAUAUUGAUAGUUGAUUGCGUAAGGACAAUUAGAAGUUUGUAGUUGAAUCUAUUAUAUAAGUAGUUUAAUGCGAAAAAAUCAACUGCAUUUCGAUUAUUGGUAUAACAAGCUGAAAUAAUUGGAACAACUUUCGUCUUUUUUCUCCGUGUACUCCGAUUCACUGGUUUGAUUUUUAAAACGAGCGGCCGUACUUUAUUCGAUUUUUCGGUUUUCUGUUCUUCUGAAAUCAAAGUUCAAAGUUAUUCAAUUCAAAAAAUUUAUUAUUAUUUUCAAAAAUUAUUCUUUUCAAUCGAAACUAUAAUUCAUUGAUUCAAAGAAAACAGGAGCUGGAUUAAAAAAAAAAAUGAAUGUUUUGAAUCAAAGUCAGAUUUAAUUCGUUCCAAAAUUCAAGUUUACUCUGCGUGAAUACACGGAAUCAUAGGCAUGGUAGGCGAACAAUUCGCUGUCAAAAAGCGCUCCGUCUCCACCCCCCACCAAUGAAAAACUUUUGGUACUCCUUGCCUACUGUUGCUCAAUAUGCAACCACCCGUAGCUGUAUAGGCACGCUGGUUCCCGGAUCGGAAGGAAUAUCGCAACCGGACCGAUAACUGUCAAACCAUUAGUUGUCAGUUUGAAUCUAUCCGGUUUCCCUUCGAAAUCUGUUGGAUUUCCUGACAAUUUCUCCGCUGCCAUACAAUGACAGAUAUCGAAAUCGAUCAGUUUAGUUUCGAUUCGAAUUCUGUCAGUUUUUCUUGCGACGGGCCAUCAUUUGAAAAACGAUCGGUUAUUUUUCGUGUUUGUCGCACGCCGCGUUUUCGUUGCCGGUCAAAAUUUCACGCCUGCUUCAUGCCUAGCGCAUUCAAUUUGCUGAAACAAGGUGGUGGAGAAAAAGCUGGGGGAGCUUCGGCCAUAAUUUCAUGGGACCAUUUCAUCAAUUCACUGUUCCGCUACUAUCAGAAUCUGAGACAGGAGCAAAACCCCGGCAGUGAAACAGUUUACCGCUACAAAGAGCCCUCAGGAAAUGGCCAUCAUCGACGCAGCUUACUCUCUUUUCGACACCUUCACACCAUUCCCCGGACGUUAGAGAUGAAUCAUCCAACAGGAUGAAAAUCCAGAAAAAAAUUCCCCGGACGCAAAAAUCUCGAGAAGGCAUGAAGACCAAAGUGGACCACAUGCUCAACGCCAUCCGCUACGUUACCUACAAUUGUUCCUUCCGGAGAACGCUCUAGUUUCCAUGAAAAUUCUCGUUUCCGAAAUGCGUCAACCGAACGUAAAUCCUUAGGCUGCUGACCCAAAAUGAGCGCACCAAAAUUGAAAUCCGUCAGGGUUUGUGUUUGGAAAGCGAAGUAUCAGUAACAUUCUCGGAGGAUGACGUUGAAUGUGGUCAGGAACUACAGGAGCAGCAGCACGAAACAGGCUCCGUUUGUUCGGAGCUGCAGUACAAGAAAGCUAUCGUCGACCGGCUGCGGGGUGUUUGCGGCAGCAGAGCACCCCCCAAUCUGGCACACCAUCUGCUUGGCUUUGACCUGAGCAAAGAACUGCUACUCACCAAUUUGCAGCAACCGGGGGUGCUUCCCGACCAACUGCAACUUAUUUUGCCGCUGGAGGAAGGUAGGUAUUUAUAAUUUGUUUUUGUGAUUUGUUGUUUUUUUAGCAUUUUUUUUUGCAGGCCAACUCAAUUCCCCAGCCCAAGAGCUAGUGAUCGAGCACGGCUGACCCAAAAUGAGCGCACCAAAAAUUAAAUCCGAAAGGGUUUUAUCGAGUUUUUGGAAAGCGAAGCAGAACCAUUCUCGGAGGAACUACAGAAGCAGCACCACAAAACAGGCUCCGUUUGUUCGGAGCUGCAGUGCAAGAAAGCCAUCAUCGACCGGCUGCAGGAGUGUUUGCCGCAAAGCACCCCCAAUUUGGCACACCAUCUGUUUGGGUUUGACCUGAGCAAAGAACUUUGACUGCUUAUUUUGCUGCUGGAUCAAACCUUGGAGGAAGGUAGGUGUUUCUGAUUUAUUUUUGUGAUUUGUUGUUUUUUAAAUUUUUUUUGUAGGCCAACUCAAUUCCCCAGCCUAAGCGCUACUAAUAGAGCACAGCUGACCCAAAAUGAGCGCACCAAAAAUGAAAUCCGAAAGAGUUUGGUCGAGUGUUUUAAAAGCGAAGCAGUAACCUCGAAGUCAAUGUGGUCAGGAACUACAGAAGCAGCAGCGCGAAACAGGCUCCGUUUGUUUGGAGCUGCAGUACAAGAAAGCUAUCGUCGACCGGCUGCAGGAGUGUUUGCCGAAGCAGAGCACCCCUUAAUCUGGCACAAAAUCUGCUUGGCUUUGACCUGAGCAAAGAACUGCGACUCAAAAAUUUGCAGCGGGGUGCUUCGUGAGCAACUGUAGCUUAUUUUGCUGCUAGAUCAAACCUUGGAGGAAGGCCAACUCAAUUCCCCAGCACCAAAAAUGAAAUCCUAAAGGGUUUUGUCGAGUUUUAUGUGAUCCGCGUGGAUACCGGCGAAUGGAGCGAAAAAUUCUCCUUGGACGUGGCCGGCUCGAGUGGAGUCAUCGCGUGCCAAGCAAACAACAUGACCUAUCAGAUUGGAGUUAACAAUACCCUCACGCAUAACUCUCUCACGAAGCAGAUUGUGUUUAUGCCAUACUUCGUGCUCAUAAACCGAGCAGAGUUUGAUGUUGAAGUACAGGAACAUCUGCGGACAGCGGACAGCUGAACCAAAGUGAAAGUUAACGAUUGUGUUCCGCUGCGGCCUAAAACCGAAGAUAAUCGAAUGCUGCGAGUUAAAGCUUCUGGGCGUCCGGAAAUUACUGCCUCCUUCAAGUACACCGAAGUUCAAUGUACGCUUCUACAGCUCAAAAAUCGCUACGGUGGCAUUAAUGUUGAUGUCCACGUAACGGAGGGCGCCAUCUACAUCACGAUUUCUGGUUAUCAUGUUGGGGAUGCUCCAGCUCUGCUGAUGAACCACACCUGUGAGCCGUUUGCAUUCAAGGAAAGGGUGAUGUUAAUGGUAAAAUUCGAUGCCUUAUCAGAUGGUUCUGCACACCUGGGUCAAUCCAGCUGGUGAGCGAUAGUUUUUGAUAGCGGAUCGAAACUGGCCCCAGUGGAAAAUGACCUACGCAAGGACGACAUCAGUGAGUUCGCAUCGCCAAGUGAUAAAGCCGUCUGUUGGGUAUCUUUCCUCAACGGAACUCAACGAAUUUCGCUCAUAACCGAUAACGCUAACAUUGCUUACGAGCUGCAUUCUGCAAGUCGUCUAGAUCAAGUAACACAGGAAAUGAAACUAGAAAUCCAUGGCGUUGGCCUGUCGCUUGUCAACAAUGCCAAAAAGACUGACCUUAUGUACAUCGGAAUUGCCAGCUCCGGGGUUAUCUGGGAAGAAUGCAAACGUUCGGGUCGCUUCAAACAGAUGAAAAUACAGGAAACAAUUUACGUUGAAAAUGCCUAGCAAAACUACCUCCGUGACGUCGAAAUUGGCGCUUCUUCCAACAGAAAAUACUUCCUCGAGGGAGAGAAACGUCUGGAGGUAAACUUCCAAAACAACAUCAUCAAGAAAUCCACCGAUCGAGCCAUCAAGCGCAUAUUUUACCCCGGCAUAUGGCUAGAGAUGAAAUCCUCCUCCCACCAGUUGCAGUUCCACGCCAAAAUCAAUCGAAUACAAAUCGACAACCAGUUGAGCGACUGUAUCUUCCCGGUCGUUUUGGCACCGAUUCUUCCGCCCAAAAGCGUUGCUGCAACAACCGAGUUUAAGCCUUUUGUCGAGAUGAGUAUGGUUCAACGAAUAAUUCCACAUUCUAAUGUAAAGCAAUUCAAAUACUUACGGGUACUAAUGCAAGAGUUCCACGUCAAGGUAGAUCUGAUCUUCAUCAAUGAAAUAUUCGAGAUGAUCAGCACAGAAAUAACGGAAACUGAAGCGAAAAAACUGUUCGCUGAGGAUCUCAAGGUGCAACCGCAGCCGCUCAAUGCGCACGUGGCCAUGCAGUCGCAGGUAGAGGUGAAAAAUUUCUACGACAAUCUUCACCUGGGACCGUUGAAAAUUCACGUCAGCUUUUCAAUGGCCGGUUCCGAAUCGAAAGCUCUCCCGGGAAUAUUGUCCACUAUUUUGCAAGGUGUUGGCGUUACGCUCACCGAUAUUAAUGAUGUCGUUUUUCGAUUGGCGUUCUUCGAACGGGAGUUGCUGUUCUUAACGCAGCGCCAGCUGGUUUCGGAAUGCGUCACUCACUACAGUGGCCAAGCCGUAAAGCAACUGUACGUUCUGGUACUUGGUUUGGACGUUAUUGGCAAUCCGUACGGAUUAGUCGUUGGUUUUACCAAGGGUGUGGAGGAUCUCUUCUAUGAACCGUUCCAGGGGGCGAUUCAGGGACCUAGCGAGUUUGCCGAAGGUCUUGUGCUGGGAGUGAAGUCAUUGUUUGGACACACGGUUGGAGGAGCAGCUGACGCUGUUUCGAAAAUAACGGGUGCCAUGGGUAAGAGACUGGCAGCGCUCACGUUCGACGAUGACUAUCAGAAAAAGCGCCGUGAUGCCUUGAACAAAAAACCUUCAACCCUGCAGGAAGGAAUUGCUCGCAGUGGCAAGGGUCUGGUCAUGGGAGUGUUUGACGGUGUCACGGGGGUGUUCACCAAACCGAUAAGUGGAGCCAAAGAGGAAGGUGUUGAAGGUUUCUUCAAAGGUUUGGGCAAAAAAGGAGUUGGGCUGGUGGCACGUCCUAUUGCUGGUGUAACGGACUUUGCCAGUGGAAGCUUCGAUGCGGUCAAACGUGCAACAGAACUGUCGGAUGAAGCCAUGCGACUGCGACCGCCACGCUUUCUCCACACCGACGGUAUAGUGAGGCCUUUCAAUAAGAAGCCGAGGGCAACAAGUUGCUUAAGAAUAUUGAUAAAGGAAAAUUUGCUGCUACUGACGUGUUUGCAUAUUACGAAUCUAUCCUAGACAAUAAGGAUGUGGUGUGUUAACCGACUCUAGGAUCAUUUAUGCAACGAGGAACGAUCUUUUCGGUGGAUGGCAGUGCGAAUGGUCACAUCGCUGGUCUGAAAUUUUGAGCGUCUCGACCGUUAACGAUGGUGUGGAAUUGGUGCUCAAAACCCGCGGUGGAAAGUCAGCACUGAAGAAAAUGUUCAGCUCUUCUAGCAGCCAGAAGAAAAUUUUGUUGCUACCCAUGGAAUACAAGCGUAACCGGUUGGCGGAAUUUAUGGAAAGGUUACGGGGCAAAGCCGAAUAAGUCGAAAGCAUGCCCCAGAAUCGAUAUUUUGAUGUAUGAUCGCGAAGAGCUUUUUGCUGCAACGUGUAUCGCCAUAAUAGUUAUGAACUAUUUUAUCGCAUAGCGAAAGUACAAGACAAAUAAGUUUUAUCAUUACCGGGCACUGAUAUGCUUAAUCGGUAGCCGUUCUGCACAAGCGAAGCUAAGCGUCCAUUCGAUUGUAUUUAAGGCAAAGGCAGCUUGAAACGAGAAAUAGCAGAAGUUUUUGGCGUUCGAAGCAGCCGAUCAUCUGCCCCAUUGGGCAAAUCUUAUAAAAUUCAUAAACAAAAUUCCAGCGCAUUAUAAAUAUUUUUUUUUUAAUAUUGUAUAUAUUGCCAAACAAAUUAUU